AUGGCGUUUGGCUUGGGCAAGUUGAAAACACUUGGACUCGGUGUCCUGAUCUUUGCGAUUCUCGUCGCUGCAUUUGACAAGACGGAUGAGACAAAACACCACUUCCAGGUCAACAUUACAAGCACACGAAUCUUGGGGCUGUUGACCGUCAUAUUCGUCGUAUCAAACUUCAAGUCAAUGCCAUUCGUCUGGACACUGCGCGUGCUAUACACAAUCUCAUACCAUACCGUCUUCCGUAAAUCACCCCAAUUAGGCCCCAAAGCGCUAUUCAAACCCAUCAUCGCCACGACUUCCACUUCCCUCCUCGAAGUGGAUUAUUACCUCCACAAGUCCAACUCGACAUAUUUCGCCGACCUUGACGUAGGGCGUGCGCAUCUAAUCGCAUACCUCUUCCGACGUGGCUUCCAUCGAUUAUCCAACAACACCAAGCUCGGAAUUGUUCUUGAUCCAAAGACCGGUACACCAAUGGGCGGAAGACUCGGGAUAAAUCUUGGUGGUGUUGAAACCUGCUUUCGACGUGAAAUCACAGCGUUCAAACAGGUAGAGAUGUGGAGUUAUGUUUUGACUUGGGAUCGGAAGUGGUUAUUCAUCGUCACGCAUUUCGUGCCGAAAGGUACAGCGCUUCCGACAGAGUGGCUUGAUCCACGGUUUGCAAGAACAGCGACCCGGCCACUCCUCAAGAAUUCAGGAGAUUUAAGCAAGAAGAUAUACGCUACUGCUUUGAGCAAGUAUGUUUUUAAGUUGAAGCGUCUUACGGUGCCGCCGUCGACUGUGCUGGAGGAGGCUGGUCUGUUGCCAAUCCGACCUGGAGGAUGGGCAAUUGGCGAGCGGGACCUGGAAGCAGUGGAGCCUGAUGGUUCGAGUAUUGAUAUCAGUAAAAAUGGUGAGUGGGAUUGGAGACGGGUUGAGGCCCAAAGACAUAAGGGAAUCGAGUUGAUUAGCAAGCCGAACCAUCUUGACUUGAUCCAUGAUGGCUUUGAUGGAGGUAGUGAGGGAGCAAUUGGACGUUUUAGCCCGGGAUAG